AUGGCAUCAGAAGAGGUGACCAAGAGGUGGAAUCGUUGUUUUGGCAAAAACUCGUUCAUCGUGAUGUUGGACGCUGUGGAUAAUGUCGACAAUUUGGUGAAUUAUAUCUCAACUAUAAAACCGAUGAUCCAGGAGUUAGUCAUUUCCUCCGCUCAAGUCGACCACAUCCCAAAUUUGGAACAACUCACUUUACUGAGUAUGUUGGACUUCAGUUUUAAUAAAAUCAAUGACAUUAGUAUACUUGAGAAAUGUAAGUCCCUUCAAACACUUAUUUUGGCGCAAAAUGAAAUUAAGGACAUCGCGUGUUUGUCUAGUCUUCACGCGUUAAGUACGUUGGAUGUGUCGAAUAACUUGAUCACAGAAAUAACAACGUCGCCGUAUUUGAAUCGACUCAAAACAUCAAACACUCCACUCCAAAAACUGACAAUAACAUCGCCUCUUAGGUCACUCUUUCUUGACAAAGUGCCAAUGAAAGAAUUGAAGUUGAAUAUCAAAACACUCGAGCACUUGUCAAUAUCAAAUUGUGAAUUCACAUAUCUCGACUUGGACUGCGAACAUCUCACGGAACUUGUCGCAGAUUAUUCUGUGAUACCACCAACUUCAACUUUGAAUUUGCCACAUCUCCAAGGAUUGAUGAUGAACCACGCGAAUGCAGACUCUGUCAGCGCAUUACUUUCAAAAAUUUCACACCUUAAAAACGCGGUUUUGCAGUUUGGGGAGCUCAAAAGGUUUCCAGAAGAGUUGCUCCAGAUUCGCAGUCUUGAGUUGGUCCAACUCUCGUCAAACCCUUUCACGGAAAUUCCAGAACAAAUCACUCGACUCACCAACUUGACACAUUUGGAUGUCGUCGAUUGUAUCAUCGAAAAGUUGCCCAAUAUGUCCACAAUGGAAUUAAAGAACUUCUCUGUUGGGUUUGAGGACGAUUCGUGUGCGAAGAAUUAUCAACCCCUCUUACCUAAGGGUUGUGUCAUCAUCGGAAGAGAGUGGAAAAAGUUCGACAAAAUCGUCGACCGCCUUUAUUUAGGAAGUUACGCUAACGCACACAACAAGCGCUUUUUACUCGAAAACAAAGUCACGCACAUCCUAUCUGUCGCACCUCUCAAACCCGUUUUCCCUGAAUUAUUUAAAUACAAAUGUAUUGACAUCGACGACAGCGUCUUAUUAGAUAUCACCCCUUUUAUUAACGAAUGUAUCAGUUUUAUAGAUGAGGGGAGAAAGUGUGGGGGUGUCUUAGUACACUGUGCUGCUGGCAUCUCACGGAGUGCCUCAAUAGUGAUCGCUUACUUGAUGAAAACUUUUCGGUGGUCUUACGAAACGGCUCUCAAUCACACAGUAAAGUGUAGGCCGAUCAUUUGCCCUAAUUCGUCUUUUGUCAAGCAGCUCAAAGAGUACGAGAACACUCUCCCUAAAGAGUCUUCGACCUGCACUCUAGUCUAG